GUGUGAGGCCCAGCGCGUAGUUUACAUACCUAACUCAACUCAGUGUAGUUUUUUGAUACUCAACGUGAACUGUUUUAUCGGGACAUGACUAUUAUUGUGCUAAAGUCAGUGCAUCGAGUGCAGUUCUAGAAGCAAGAGUGGUUGAGAUAGAUGCAGUCUCAAAAUAUUUGUUUAUUCAUAAGAAUUAUAGAUACUUUUUGACAGUUUCGACGUAUGAUAUAAAUAAUUAUGAUAGCACGUUGAUAGCAAUAUCUUGUUUGUAUAUUUGAGUUAGAUUUCGCUAAAAUUGUAUAGUUGUUGUCAACGAUGCAAACCCGCAAGUUGUGUUCUGUGUUGCCGGCAAGUUACAGGAGCAAUGUUGUGUUUCUAAGGAAUGUGGCAGUGAACGCAGCCACGGUGAAUGAAGAGCAAGAUGUGAAGGUGGAAGGAAGGCCAUGGCAGGAGGUACCUGGCCCUAAGUCUCUGCCCUUAAUCGGACAGUUAUAUCAUUUUUUACCUGGAGGUUUAUUUUAUAAAACUACAAAUCAAGAGUUUACAAGAAAAGCUUUGGAAUUGUAUGGACCAAUAGUGAGAUUAAAUGGAAUGCCAGGAAUGCCUCCUAUGAUUAUGUUGUUCGAUCCGCAAUGUGCCGAGCAAGUCCUUCGUGGAGAAAAUUGGUUACCGCAUCGACCAGGUUUUCAAUCACUUGAGUAUUUUAGACAUUACUAUAAAAAUAACAAUACAAUAACCAAUGAACCAACCGGACUCGUGACAGACCACGGUGAACCUUGGAAACAAUUCAGAUCUACUGUCAACCCAAUAUUAUUACAACCUAAAACUAUAAAAUUAUAUACCUCAGCUCUUGAAGAAGUUGCUAAUGAUAUGAUUCAAAGAAUGAAAUCAAUUAGAGGAGAAGAUAAUAUGUUGAAAUCGAAUUUUGACUUAGAAAUGAAUCUAUGGGCGUUGGAAUCUAUCGGAGUAGUUGCUCUCGGCGGUCGACUGAAUUGCUUUGAUCCCAACCUUCCAGAAGAUUCUCCUGCAAGGCAGCUCAUAAGAAUUGUACACGAUAUUUUUGAGGUAGCAGAACAGUUAGAUUUCAAGCCAAGUUUAUGGAGAUUUAUUGCAACGCCUACGUACAAAAAAGCCAUGCACAUUUACUCUGAACAAGAAAGAUUGACGAAACACUUUUUAGAUAAAGCUAAAGAGGAUCUUAAAAACAAGAAAAAAACUGAUGAUGAGAAAGGUGUAUUGGAAAAACUUUUAGAUAUAGAUGAAAAAGUAGCGCACAUUAUGGCUUCCGACAUGCUGUUCGCCGGUGUCGAUACGACCGCAAACACUAUAAUGUAUAAUCUUUACCUUCUGGCGGUGAAUCCAAAAAAGCAAGAAAAGCUACGUGAGGAAGUCAUGUCACAGAACGACAAGAAGCCAUAUCUUAAAGCUUGUAUCAAAGAAUCCUUAAGACUUUUGCCCGUCGUUUCGGGAAAUAUGCGAAUGUCUUCUAAAGAAUAUAAUCUCCGAGGAUAUAAAAUACCCAAAGGAACGCAUAUAACCUUCAUACACCAAGACAUGGCUCAACUGGAGGAACACUAUAUAAAACCCAAAGAAUAUAUCCCUGAAAGGUGGCUCGUCCCGAAAGACGACCCGUUGUAUUACGGAAAUGCGCACCCGUUUGCAUAUAGUCCAUUCGGCUUCGGAGCUCGUAUGUGCAUAGGACGUCGCAUUGCCGAGCUGGAAGUCCAAACAUUUCUAGCAAAACUUAUACAAAACUUCAAAGUGGAGUGGGUCGGUCCUCCACUCAAUGUUAAACAGACGUCACUGAAUUAUGCAGCGCCUCCAUAUAAUUUUGUUUUGAAGGAUGUAUAAUCAAUCACACAUUAUGUAUAUGUUAAGCAGCAAUAGGAAAAUUAAUCAAUACAUAUAAUGAAAUUGUAGAAAGGCCAAAUUUGUACAUUGGAUAUUUUUUAAAAAUUCUUCAUGGAAUAUACUUAGUUACUGAUAUAGAUGACGAAAAUAUAGUUUUGGAAAUUUAUGUUUGCCUGUCUGUCUGAACGCGCAUCACACGAAAUCUACUGGAUAGAUUUGCUUGAAAUUUGGUAUGUAGGUACCAUAUAUACCGGGUUAACAUCUUAGAUACAUUUCAUCCCGGUAAAUGAUCAGGUUCCCGUAGUAUAAUUGAAAAACUAAUUAUGAAUCAAAAAUGCCUCAGAAUCUCGGGUUAACAUAUUCAACUAUAUAGAUGAAUUGAAAUUUAUUAUAUAUUUAAAUUUAGAAAACCUAUCUUAUGAAGGGCAGUCGCACGACGUAUAAUGCGCAUGUAUGUAUAUACAUGGCGCAUGUAUGUAUAUAACCGGCCAAAAGUAGGGUUCCGUAGUUUACUACAACAACCAAACAAGUUCGAGUCAUACUCACUGACCGAGAAUUUUGUAUCAUGCUACCAGAAGGGUUAGUGCAGGUUUGCAUUUCACUUCACACCAUCGUUUGAAGUGAGACGCAGCGACAACCACACUGCAAUAUGAUUUAUUCGCAGCGUCUCACUUCGAAUCGAUUCGAUGGUGAGAAGUGUUGUCUCUCAGUUGUUAGAAGUUUUGUAGUAGAAUGCGGUUGGUUGACUGUUGUACAACUUGUAAGUGGAACGUCACAUAUAUGUACUGAAUAGGCGAAAUUGGACAAACUGUAAAGUGUGUUUUCUGUAACCACACAUGGAACUGUCAGUGAACACUUAGAAAUAAUUAUCUGGAUUUAUAAGUAAUUAUGAAAAAUUGAUUUUGUAAAUAAUAUAAAGCUUUUAUCUUGUUAAAUAAGAUUAAAAUAUUAUUUGGUCUUUUUA